AAGAGAGUGCGCUCCAAUUGAAGUCGUGAACUUCCACGUGCGUUGCGAAGCAAGCGUAGCUCGAGUGUGCAGAAGAAGCAUGGGUAAACGAAAGAAGAAGGGAGAGUGCGGCGCGGCCACCAGCUACAUCUCCCGAAACCAGGCUCUGAAGAAACUGCAGCUGUCCCUCUCCGACUUCAGGCGACUAUGUAUACUAAAAGGCAUCUACCCCCACGAGCCACCUAACGUGAAGAAAGUGAAUAAAGGGAGCACGGCUCAGAGAACGUUCUACUACUACAAAGACAUUCAGUUUCUGGCCCACGAGCCGCUGCUGGAGAAAUUCCGAGAGUUCAAGGAGUUCAUGAAGAGGGUGAGGCGAGCGGCGCACAAGAAAAACCCCGCCAAGGCGGAGAAGAUGAUGGAGAAGAAGCCUGUGUAUGCUCUAGACCACAUCGUGAGAGAGAGGUAUCCAACGUUCACGGAUGCCCUGAGGGACAUUGACGAUGCCCUGACAAUGAUUUUUCUAUUCUCAACUCUCCCUCAGUACAGGAGACUGCAGGCCCAGGUGGUCCACAACUGCAAGAGACUGUGCGUGGAGUUCAUGCACUUCCUCAUCGAGUCAAGAUCUCUCAGAAAAGUGUUUUUGUCGAUCAAGGGUAUCUAUUACCAGGCUGAAAUACAGGGGCAGACCAUCACGUGGAUUACUCCUUACUCCUUCACUCAAAAGAUGCCAAGUGAUGUAGAUUUCAGAGUGAUGCUGACGUUUGUGGAGUUCUAUGCUACGCUUGUCGGAUUCAUCAACUUCAAACUUUACCACAGUCUCAACUUGAAGUACCCUCCUCAGAUUGAGGGGCUCACCCCUCUCCCCGAGGCAGCCGUAAUCCCUUCUCAAGUGGUGGAAGAUGAAGACUCCUUACUGUUGUCGGAUGACCAUACUGAGGUACUGGCAUCUCUGGGUCACAGCUUGGCUAGAGUUGUAGUGGAAGAGGCGGGUGAUGAGGCAGAUGAUGAUGAAGAGGAGAUCCCUGUGGAAAUGAGUAUCCUAGUUUUCCUUAAAUGUGUGACGGUUUGCUCUGCUCAAAAGACCAUGUGUUUCGGAGGUGCUGCGUCGUGGGAGACGACCUCUGGUAAGGGAGCGAGUUUCUCGGAACCGGACGAGGGUGUGACACACCAGGUGGUGGAUCGACCUCUCCAGGCACACCGGUUCCUCGGGAGGCACUACGUCCAGCCUCAGUGGGUGCUUGACAGCGUGAACCGUGGCCGACUCCUACCGACCUCUGAGUACUCCCCCGGCUCUGUCCUGCCGCCUCAUCUCUCUCCGUUUGUGUGUGAGGGAGCAGACGACUACGUCCCUCCGGAGAGACAGAUGGAGCUCAGAGAAGAGGCAGAGGAGGAAGAGGAGGAAGGAGACAUGGAAACUGAAGACCAGAAGGUUACAGAGAGAGUGCUUCCCACUGUUCCGGUAGCUAAAGUGCCAAAUGUGGUGGGUACUGUGGUCAGAGAGACGGAGGUUGGGUCAGGAGGAGAGGAAGAAGGAGAGGAGGAAGGAGAGGAGGGAGAGGCAGCUAAAAAGCGGCGAAGGGAGGAAAAGAAGCUGGCCAUCAUGAUGAUGCCCAAAAGACGCAGGAGACUCUAUGAGAAGGCAAUCCUUCGGCAGAGGAAUGCUCCGGACAAGCCAGUUCUUCAAGUAAUGAACAUGAAGAAGAUCCAAUCAGAGCAGCAGGCGGCUGAGCGCUAUCGCCUGCAGGUGUCGGACGGACUCAACUUCCAGCCCUGCAUGCUGGCCACUCAGAUGAACCAGAAGAUCGCCAGUGGGGAGUUGGACAGGUUCAGCAUCGUCAGGGUCAUCCGAUAUCUCUGUAACACCAUCCACGACAGGAGGAUCAUCAUCAUAAUCCAGAUGGAGGUGUUGUGUCGUGGGUCAGAGGUCGGGGGUCCUAUCGGGAAACCAGAGGCCCUGGAGCUGCUCAAGGUCUCCGGAGAUCAGAAUGGAGGAGGGGGCGGAGCUUCGAGACCAGCGGCCGCUGGCGGAGGAGGAGAGAGUUACAAUUCCUACAAUGGAGGGAGUGCCUCAAACUCUCGAGCUAGCUACUCAUCGCCUCGCUCUGCCGACCCUCCCAAACCAUACUCCAGUGCAGCACCCCCGAGUAGGCCAGGGAUAGACGUCAGUCCGGGCUCCUCCAGCCAACGUACCGUCUUCCCCAUUGCAAGUCUCAGCCCCUACCAAUCUAAGUGGACAAUUCGAGUGCGAGUGGCGUCCAAACCUUCCAUCAGGACGUGGAGCAACUCUCGUGGGGAGGGGAGAGUCCUCAAUGUCGACCUGGUCGAUGAGACAGGAGAAAUAAGAGCUGUGGGGUUCAACGAAAUGGCAGACAAGAUGCAGGGCCUUUUGGAGCUGGGACAAGUGUACUUUGUGUCCAGGGGAAGGCUGAAACCAGCAAACAAGAAAUUCUCGUCUGUCAAGAACGACUACGAGUUGAUGUUGGGCGAUGAGACUUCAAUCGAAUUGUGUACGGAAGGGGCUCCGGACCUGCCCACUCUCCAAUACAACUUUACCACUAUUGCUGAGAUUGAGAACAUUGAACCAAACACACUCAUUGAUGUGAUAGGGGUGUGCAAGUCUGCAGCUGAAGUGACAAGUGUCACAUCUCGAUCCACCGGAAAACAGAUCCCCAAACGGGACGUCCAGUUGAUGGAUCGGUCGGGCAAAGUGGUGAGCCUGACACUAUGGGGAUCAGAGGCAGAGGCAUUCGACGGUUCCUCCUGUCCUGUGAUUGCACUCAAGGGCUGCAAGGUGUCUGACUAUGGUCAGGCAGCUGGGUUCCUGACCGUAGACCAGGUGAGAGAGUUGGAUCUUGGCCACGGAGAAAAGCCAGAUUACUUCAACUGCAAGGCCACCAUCACCUUCUGCAGGAAAGACAACUGCCUCUACAAGGCAUGUUCGAAUGCCGACUGCAACAAGAAAGUGACAGAACACGAGGGGCAGUACACCUGUGAGAAGUGCAACCAGACGUCACCAAACUUUAAAUACAGGAUCGUCCUUUCAAUCAGCACGGCUGACUACUCUGGAAGUCAGUAUCUCACGUGUUUCCAGGAGACGGCCAUGGAGGUCCUGGGUACGUCUGCCGAAGAUCUGGGGAGCAUGAAGGAGUCUGACGAACAGGCUUUCGACAACGUGUUCCAGCAGGCCAACUUCAAGGAGUACACCUUCAGAGUCAGAACUAAGAUGGACACGUUCAAUGACGAGCAGAGGUUAAAGUGCUACUGCGUAGCGGCCACUCCGGUCACCUAUGCCCAGGAGACAAGACGUCGCAUCGAGGAGAUACGAGCAAUGCUGGCUUGAGGGAUUGACACAAACUUAUACUAGCUAUAACAUAGCGUCGUUGCUGUAUUGUGCCGUGUAGAUGUGAGGAACGUGAUGACUUCAUUAUACAUAUGACUGUUGUAUUGUUCUGUGACUGUUAAUCUCAAUCUUUCAGUCAAAGUCGUCUUCUUCUGUUGGUUCUUCUGCCCCUAAGCCCAGCAUGAAUGGUUCCACCUCAAGAUUCAGCUCUGGCAGGUGGAAAAGGGUGUGGUCCAUAGGCUCACUGUCCUCUCCACCGCCCAGUGUGCUGUUGGCUGGAGGCAGGGAGCUGAGUCUCGGCGGCUCCUCUGGUUCUCCGCUCACGUGUGCCUGGAUUAGCCGCUGGAUUGUCACCUGCUCAGCUUUCAGUACUUUGAGUUGCUGCAAGAUGGCCUCUCUGGCCUCACGCAGCUGGUCCCGCUCUCUCUCCAGCGGCCUCCUCAGCCUUUCCAACGUUAGCUGCUGCCCAGACGUCAUCCCGAAGACGCAUUGUUCCAAACGGAGCGCACCAACAUUGGCCCGCGUAUUUUUCCACUGACAAUAAAAUAUGACUGGACAAGCGAGUGCAAAAAUAUCUAUAGCUAAAAUUUGAGCGUCGGAAGUGCCGCCUUGUGAACUGGUUUUGCUCGGGCAGUCCGUGAAUUUUGGAGGCCCCGAGGUGCAAAUCUGAGCCCUUUGGUUGGUGGUGCCUUUGGUCUCUGUUUCUGAGCACGA